GCCUCCCAGAGAGAGAGAGAGAGAGAGAGAGAGAGAGAGAGAGAGAGAGAGAGUGUGUCACAUGCAGAGAGGAGCCGGGACGAGAGACAGAACAGAAGAGAGCUGUCAAGCUGCGAGGAGGCAGCGGAGAGACGACUUAGUUUUUUCUUGGAAUACAUUUUCCCUCCAUCUCUGAAGCCCACACACACACACACUCAGAAAAUAUAAACACACAAACACACAUAUGGUAAAGUGUGUGUGUGAGUGCUGCUGUUAGGAGCGGUGAAUUAUUUUCAGGAUCUGGACUUACUCCAGCAUGACUCAAGACUGUUUGGAUUCAGCAUCUCUGUGACUUGGACUUGUGUUUUUAACAGUGCAACACUUCGGACUAAGAGCGUGCAUCCCUGUGUGUGUGUGUGUGUGUGUUUGGAUUCAGCACUUCACUUGAAUGCAACACUGAGAUCUUGACACUUUGUUAGUUGCCUGACUUUGUGAGAUUGUGCUCACACUUGGACUCAGUGUGCGUUUGUGUGUGAGAGGAGGAGGAUGUGUUGGCCGGUGACAGCCGUCCUGCUUGCCCACCUCGGGGCUACCUUAACGGGGGCGUGGAGAGCAUCUCAACCAAGACUGCAGUUCACACACUCUGAGCUGAUCCAGAAUGGCCGCCUGCUGACGUUGCCCCUGGUGGCCGGUGACCUGCAGUCCCUGCUGCCUGAUGAAGAUGGGAGGCGCCUGUAUGUGGCCAUGAAAGAUAACCUGCUGUCUACCAGUCUGGACGACAUAACGCAGAACCCACGCAAGCUGUACUGGCCAGCCAGUCCGGACCGUGUCCAAGAAUGUCUCAUGGCUGGGAAGGAUCCAGAGUUGGAGUGUGCUAACUUCCUGAGAGUUCUGCAGCCUUUUAAUCAGACUCACCUGUACAUUUGUGGCACUGGAGCCUUCAACCCCCGCUGUGCUUUCAUAGCUACCAGCGUCUUCCAACAGUCAGAGCACCAGACUCUCUCCUACAGCCAGACAGAGUGUGGAAAAGGGAAAUGUCCCUAUGAUCCGUUCCAGAAAACAGCCUCCGCCGUCGUUGAUGGAGAGCUGUAUGCUGGGAUCACCUCAGAUUUCAUGAGCCGGGACUCUGCCUUCUUCCGUAGUCUUGGGAGCCGUCACGUCAUCCGAACUGAACAGUACGACUCCACCUGGCUACAGGAUGCCCAGUUUGUGCGGGUAGCGCCGCUGUCUGAAACUGAUAACCCAGAAGAUGAUAAGGUUUAUGUGUUCUUCACUGAGCGCGCUCAGGAGGCAGAAGGGGCCGCUGGGAAGGUGCUCUACUCCAGAGUGGCACGGGUUUGCAAGAAUGACAUCGGAGGCCAGAGGAGUUUAGUCAAUAAGUGGAGCACUUUCCAGAAGGCCCGUAUGGUGUGCUCAGUCCCAGGACCAGACGGCCUACAGACACACUUUGACCAGCUGCAAGACAUCUUUAUCCUCCAGGGGAAAGACAAGAAGAACCCUCUCAUCUACGGCCUGUUUACCACCUCCAGUGACAUCCUGAAUGGUUCAGCAGUGUGCGUUUAUCGAAUGGAGGACGUGGUUCGGGCUUUCAAGGGAAACUUUCUUCACAAGGAGGGACCUCAGUACAAGUGGGCAGAGUUUACAGGCAAGGUGCCCUACCCACGGCCAGGGACUUGUCCCAGCAGCACGUAUGGAAGUUACAGCUCGACCAGAGAGUAUCCAGACGACGUCAUCUUCUUCAGCAGGACUCACCCACUGCUGCAGGAAAAUGUGCUGCCACUGGGAGAGCGCCCCCUCCUGGUCAGAGUGGGUGUCCACUACAAAUUCAGCAAACUGCUGGUGGAUAGAGUCGAGGCCGUGGACGGCACCUACGAUGUCCUGUUCAUCGGCACAGACUCGGGCCUCGUGCUGAAGGCCAUCCAUCUGCACAGAGAACACGGUCAGAGUCAGGAGGUAACUCUGGAACAGCUGCAGGUCUUUCAGCACAAAUCACCAGUGACAGCCAUGGCACUCUCAAAGAAAAAGCAGUGGUUGUUUGUGGGCUCCAAGGAGGGUGUGUCCCAGCUGGCUCUGUACCAGUGUGAGCUGUACGGUCAGGCCUGCGCUGAGUGCUGCCUGGCCAGAGAUCCCUACUGCACCUGGGAUGGACACGCCUGCAGCCCCUACAUGCCCACAGUGCGCAGGAGGAAUGCUCGUCACUUAGGGGAAGAUGAGGAUCCGCUAACUCAGUGUGUCAGACAGGGAGCCGGGCUGCAGGUGGAGGCGGAGCAGAGGAUGAUGGUGGUUGCUGAGGGCAACAGCACCUACCUGGAGUGUCUUCCCCGAUCCAGACACGCUGCUGUUACCUGGUACAAACAGGCUGGAGAGAACAGUCCUGAACUAAACCAGGUGGUCACAGGUGACCAGCUGGUGGUGAUAGAGCGGGGCGUCCUGAUUCGUCAAGCGGAGCUGUCUCACGGCGGUGUCUACCACUGCCAGGUGGAAGAGCAUGGCUACCACUGGACCGCCGUCACUGUCCGCCUCACCGUCUGGAGCCCCUCAGCCAAUCGCCUCCUCGCUUCCUGGUCCGCCUCAUCUUACCAGAGCGCAGGGACCCAGCCCUGGUACGAGGACGUGAUGGCACUGAUUCACCCUGGAAACAUCGGCCAGCACUGCCGGGCACUAGGAUACCGACCCCCACGCAACCACCGUCGCCACGGUGACAUCAUGUUGGCCCCGAUCAAGGAGAAAGAGAGGGCGGAGAGGCACAAGCAUGGGGGAGGAAGAGGAGGAGGCGGAGGAGGAGGAGGAGGGGGAGGAAGAGCAGUGGGGAGGAAGAGCAGGAGCAAGCUGCAGCAGAGGGCACCGAGGAGCGCUUGAAUGUGUCGCAGAAAAGGAGGGCGUAUUUUCAGUGACUUAAACACACACACAAACACACACACAUUUAUGUUAACGUCCACACUAAGACACACACAUGUACACCCACACACACACUUAACUUAUACACUGAGACACACACAUACUGUAUGUACAGAGACUAUGACAUGUGCAUGCACUUAUCUACAAACAAAAGAGGCAUCCUUUCAUUAUAGUGACGAACUCAAACUAAGCUACACAAAAACAAACUGAAGUAUGUACAGAAGGAUGUGAACAACAAAGACUGUUGCAUCGUGACAAAAGACUUGUGAAUAAAAAAGAAAAAGUAGAAUAGCAUAGGCUGCGUAGCAUGUCGAAUGAAGGAUGAACAGCACGUCCAGAUCACUCAGUUUAACUGACUCUGUGCUGUGAAGAGGACAUGGGAGAGGAUGUUUAGGAUCUGGAGCCUCCAAAGAGAAAAAAAAAAUUAGAUAUUCAGCAUUUAAAAAAUCAUCCAACCCCUCUUAAAUUAGCGCUGCCUUAAAAGACCAUACUGGUGGCUUUGCAUGUUUUUGCCCAUUGAUUAUAAAUGACAUACACACUGCCAAUUAUUUUCCAAAGCAGAACAGAUGUGUUUAGAUUGAUUUUGUACCUUCCAGGCAGACCCUGCUUUCUAUUAAAGUCAGUACGCUUUGAAAGCAUCUGACACAAACAUGCAGAAUGCCCAAGAUUUCAAAGGUUUUUUGAUGCAAGCAGCAUUUUCCAAACUUUACUAUGUGUUGAGUUCAGAUUUCAAGGACACUCCAUCCUUGGCCGUCCUUCAUAGAAUUGGGGGUCAGAUGCUCGAAAGAUUUUGGUCAACGGGCUCUUGUCUGAAAAUGGGAGCAAGAGGACAAACAAACAAACAUACAUGUGGCGAAAAGGAUUUGGCUGCUCUUCACUCAAAUGUCUGAGCAUCAUUGAACACAUCAAUAGAGACAGUUCUUACAACUGUUUGUUGUCAGCCUAACAACAGCUAAACUUAGACAAAAAGGAGAUGGUACAAGAAAAGUGUCCAAAUAUUCUCUGUGAUGUGGGUAUUUGUUUGGAAAUUAAUGAGCAGUUAUAGCGAGGGCUUUAAGCAGGUAAUUACUUGGCAGUAAAUAGCACUGUUGAGCAUCUUUUCCUGGAUGUUCACCAACAGUUCACCUACAGUGAGAGUUUGGCUGGUUUCUUCAGAUAGGUGGGGUCUGACCACAAGAUGACGGACUGUGACCAUAAAGAUGAAAGGCCGAAAAAAAGCAGGGCGACUGCUUUGAUGAGGUUACAGAUCUGCUUUCCCAGGACGUUGCAGCCAUACAGACACACUGCAGGAGAUGUUUCCAUUAUGUUCCCCUCAAGGUUCAGAGAUCCUACGCAUAUAUUGGGCACUGCCACGCAGCAGAGAGCUUAGUGUAGGUGUGGGAAAAAGUGAGCAGAGAUGAAGACGCUGGAUCUGGUGUGUUUUAUAACAUCAGGAAAAAUCCUAUUCUUAGUGUUGGUUUAGUUUGUCUGGAAUCCCACAAGGACAGUGUACAGAUUUAGGAAAGAUGUUUAAUGUGACGUAGGACAAAAGUAACAUCUGCACAUCAACUCCAGUUUGCUGACAAAUCUACACAUUUUUCUUUCCUUUGUAAGUUGCUGGGAAAAGAACAGUUUAGCUGCUAUUAGAUGAGGCACAAUGAAGCCUCUCAUCUAAGUCAAAAAAUGUUCCUCCUGACAUUCAUGAUUGAAUCUGUUUUAAAUGGUUUUAAUGGGUCUAAAGUGUCAUAACCAGAGCCACUACUACCAGACAUUUUUGGCAAAAGAGGGAUAUUUUAAUUGCUAGCAUCCAAAAUCAUAUUUCUAGCACGUAGAUACUGAAACUGUUUUUAUUGUAACUUUGGUGAGGUCAGUUGUCUCAGCAUACUGAGCUGUGUAGAAUAUCAAGAUGCUUUUAGAAAGAUUUUUUCAGUAGUGUUUGAUAUAACAUGGACAAGAAAACACGUUUCGAAGAGGACCGACGUAUGAACUGAACUUCCAAAAGACUGUACAGAAUAUGCAUGUUUUCAACCUAUGGCUCAGGACCCAACGUGGGCCAUCAGUGACUUUGAGUGGGUUCCAGCUCAACUAAAAAAGUAAUAUAUUGCUGGUCCUGUAGCUCCAGCUGCUAAUGACAUCUGGCUGUAAAUCAUGAAGCAGGCCCGAUGUAUUAUAAAGAAGCCCUUAUUAUACGAAGUUGGAACUUGAGAAAGUGCUAAACAGGACUGGCGUCAAACGGACUCUGGCGUGUGGGAUUUGAUCGACUUAAGUGACUUUACAAGGCAGUAAAUUGUGAUUUGUUCUUAAUGUUAAAAUGUUAAACCAACACAACUUUGUUCCACCUCUAUUUAACUUUCUUUUUAGUGGUAUUUAUUUCUGUAGUCUGGAGUGAAACUGCUUGUGUCAGAAGUUGAGAUCAGAUUUUUGGGGGAAUACAUCAAGCUCCCAAAUCGAUCAGUUCAACCACAAUGUCUCACAAACUGGACGCUCAUUCCACAUUUGUGUUGGUCUGUCUUUGUGUGUAUUUAUGCCUGUACAGUAUGUUUGUGUGCCCGCAAGUCUGCACAGUAUUCUUUUUUCUUUUAUAACAUUUGUAAUUCUUGCCAUCUGCUUCUGUUGCUGCACAUUCCCACUCCUACUUGUGGAAAUAAAGAGGCAUAGUCCCUCCCCUUCCGGUGGCCCACCAUUGAA